CCUACAAAAACAAGUUGACCAAGAAGAGGUUUUAAUCAUCCAUUAAUUGAUUUCAAUAUUUAAGGAUGUCCCAUGCAGCUUGCUUCAGUCAUGAUGCCAAAUCUGACUUGCAAAGAAAUCUUGCAGAUUUCCACCCUUGCGUUUGGGGAGAUUAUUUCAUUCAAUAUGAUUCAGAAUCUGUGGAGCUUGAUCAGAAUAUCUCAGCACAAAUUGAUGCACUAAAAAAGGAAGUGAGAAACAUGUUUAAUAUCUCAAAAACUGAAAAGCCCUCAGAAAAAAUUAACUUAAUUGAUUCGAUAUGUCGUUUGGGUGUGAGCUAUCAUUACGAAAAUGAGAUUGAUGAAGUUAUGCAAUACAUUCACAAGAGCUAUGUUGAAAAUGGAGAAAUAACUCUUCAAGACAACCUUUGCACUCUUUCUGUUCUAUUCAGGCUGUUGAGGCAACAAGGAUUUCAUGUGUCACCCAAUGUGUUCAACCAAUUCAAGGAUGAACAAGGAAACUUUAGUGAAAGACUUAUCACAGAUGUUGAGGGGAUGUUAAGCUUGUAUGAAGCCUCACAUAUGAUGGUUCAUGGAGAGGAGAUCUUGGAAAAGGCAUUGGCUUUUACUUCAACUCACCUCGAGUCCAUUGUUACCCAAUUGAGUCCUUUUCUUGCAGCACAAGUCAAACAUAGCUUAAAGCAGGCUCUCCAUAGGAACUUCCAUAGGCUAGAGGCACGAAGGUACAUUUCAAUCUAUGAGAAAGAUCCUUCACACAAUGAAACUCUACUCACUUUGGCAAAAUUGGAUUUCAAUAUUCUCCAAUGUCUUCAUCGAAAGGAAUUCGGAAAAAUUUGCAAAUGGUGGAAGGAAAUCGAUAUCCCUAAAAACCUACCAUAUGUACGAGAUAGGAUUGUGGAAAUGUGUUUUUGGGUCUUGGCUGUAUAUUUUGAGCCCCAAUAUUCUCAAGCAAGGAUAAAAUUGACAAAAUUAGGUGCCUUAUUAUCGAUCAUUGAUGAUACAUAUGAUGCAUACGGAAGCAUUGAUGAACUCGAACUUUUUACCAAGGCAAUUGAAAGGUGGGAUAUUAGCAGCAUGGACGGUCUUCCUAACUACAUGAAAUUAAUUUAUAUAUCAGUCUUGAAGGUUUUGGAAGAAGUAGAAGAAGAUAUGACCAAAGAAGGAAGGCUAUACACCCUUAAAUACUAUAUAAAAGAAUUCCAAAUGGUUGUCCAAGCUUAUGUAACUGAAGCUAGAUGGUUCAACAAUAACUAUGUACCAACGGUAGAAGAAUACUUGCAAAUAUCAAAAAUAACAUGUUGUCAUUCAUUACUCACAACAAGUUCUUACAUUGGCAUGGGUGAGACAGCUACAGAGAACAUUUUCAAGUGGGUAUCUAAUUGGCCAAAAAUUGUUGAUGCAAUUUCUACUAUUUGUAGACUAAUGGAUGAAAUUGUGACCAGUGAGUUUGAACGUAAAAGAGGACAUGUUUGCUCAUUGCUGGAUUGCUAUAUGAAGCAAUAUGGUAUGUCAAGGGAAGCUGCUAUUCAAGAAUGCAAAAAGGAAAUUGCAAUUGCUUGGAAAGUUGUAAAUUCGGAAUGUCUUAGGCCAACCAAAGUUCCAAUGCCGUUUCUAACCCGCGCUCUCAACCUUGCGCGUUUUAUGGAUGUAGUUUACAAAGAUGAAGAUAACUACACACGUUCUGAAGGACUAAUGAAGUCAUAUAUCAAAGCUGUUCUUGUUGAUCCAGUUCCAAUUUGAUCAUUAAUUUUUAUGUUUUGUGCUUUAUGUUUCAAGUUUGAAUUAGAAAAAUGCAUGUGUGCUUUAUGUGCUGCUUGGUUCACAAUAUUUGAACAAUUUAUGCUAUUUUGAUGUAAUAUCUAGGCUUAAUUAUGCACUUUGGUCAAGUCUGUUGCAAACAGAAAGAUAUCUUAUUUUGAUGUAAUAUACGAACAAGUUAUGUGUAAUUUGAAACAGUUAUGCACUA